AUUAGUGAGGUAAACGUUUCAGAGGACGUGAACCUCUUUGCUUGCUAGCAGUGCCGUUGAUGGUACCUUGCAGUUUCUGCUGCAGGUAGAGAAAAAAUAACAACAAAUUAUAAAAAAAUAGGACAUCCAAAAGUUGAGAAACUUGGCCUGUGUGUCUUAUGCUACCCAGAAGGACUAGCUACGUGCUAACAGAGAGACUCUGCCUAACAUCGCCGAAGGGAUGAAGAGUGGAGCUGUUUUUUAGAAGACUUAAGAAGUUCUACAAGUUGGUACAGCAAUAACCCCAGAGCUAGCUAAUACUGAGCCGAAGCCUUCGUAGACUUUACCAACUGUUGUAUAACCUAUGUAGUUUCAAAAGUCGUCAGGUUUAAAACAAAAUAUGUAGGCGAAAGGCCUGGCUUUUAGGUACUGUAAUUUUUAUGAAGUGAACAGAACGUAAUGUACGUGGGGGCGGGUUUCCCCGUGCGUCUUCUGAGCUCCUCAAACACACCCACAGGUGUGUCUGAGGCCUGAUAUAUCAUUUCCUUCAGACCUCGUGAGUGUUUGUGAACAAGAAUUUCAACUUCACAACUGAACUGGCAUUUCAUGUACACUUUUCCUUUGAUCUCAUAAAGCUGCUCUGGAAACUUAAGCAAGAGGCGCUGAGAGCUGCCUGUCCGCUGAUAUUAUUUCAAUUCCAACAGGCUCAUUGAGAAAGCAUGACGGCUGUGGUGGGCCGAGCAUUGGGUUGGGUGCGUUCAUGGGGUAGCAGUGCCAUGUCAGAGACUCCCGCAUCUUUGACAUCUGAAGGCCACAAACAGCAUGGCUGUGAUGGCCGGGGCCUCAGGGCAUGGACCUCUUGGAUUUGGGGAGGGUGGAGACAUCAAAAUGACCAAAGCAGUCCAGUCGAGGAGUACUGGGAGGCACAGGACAAGUUUCCAGCCAUGGAAAUUGAAGAUCUUGGCGCAGCGAAACAGGGGACUGAGGCAAGUUUACAAGUUUCUUGGUGGAAUAAAUACGUAACCUCUUACCUUUGGCCCAGAAAAACUGAAUUAAGAGGACUACGACGAAGGAAACAUGAUGGUCGGAGUGGAGAUGUAUGGAACCAUGAUAUUGAUGGGGACUUUUCUGACUACGGAACUCCUCCUCCAUCACCUACACCUUCCUCUCCGCUGACAUCUCCUUUUCGACUGUUUGUACACAGCUGGAACGCGGAAAUCCUACCAGACCACUAUGAGAUCUGUUUUAACUUCCUUCGUCACUUGUUUGACCUUUUUGUUGUUGGCUUCCUGUGGACCGUGUCUCCUCCUGCCAAGUUGAUCCUGGAAGUGUUGGGGGUCCAGGGAGCGCUGAGGCUGUGGUUUCAUGGUAUGGCCAUGUUUUUUGUCUCCACAGUUGGAAUGGCAGGAUUACUCUGGUUGAUCCAAGAGUAUCUUCCACAAUUUGCUUUGUUAUAUGGAAUCAUACAGGCAUUAGUUAUCUCUGUCAGUGUUCGACAGAGUGUGAUCCUUGGUGUGGAGGAAGAAAAGAAAGAAAAUGAAGAGGAGGGACAAGAGACAGAUCCUAUGAGAGACAGAAGGGAACACAGAGAAAAGCCUGUGGUUGUUAAAGACAAGUUGAAGACAAAUUAAGCCUAAGGUAGUGGAGAGAAGUUACGGCUGAUUCAGGACUCCAUCAAGAUCUGUCCAGCAGUAUCAGACCCUUCCAGCUGUUGGACAUCACAACAGUGGAACUACACUGACAGACUUUCACCGUGGCCCUAACUUAAGCAGUGUGACUUGUAUUGCACAUUUAUUACAAAUUCACAACAGUUGUACUUGUGCCACUUUAUGUUCAACACUAUAGAUAUGCAUUUUCCAGACAUUUGUGUUCAGUUGAUCUCAGUAUUGUCAUCAGAAUGUUGGCAAUGAGAGCUACACAGUACUCUGUAUUUAAAUUAUGUUGUUCAAGAGAAAAUGUUCAAGAAUAGCUUGUUAAUUCAAAAAAAAGAGGAAGAUGCCCAGUAUUUAGGGAAUACUCAGUCUCAUUGACAUUUUAUUUCUUGCUUUGUGGGACUACUUUUCUCAUGAUUCUUCUUAAGGUAGUCACUAGUGCUCAUACCAGAUGAUUGCUUUUGGUGUAUUUUUUUGAGAAGUAAUUAUCAAAUUUGAUUAUUGAAGAACCAAAUUCGCAACCUGAAUCGGUAGCAAAGAAAUAAAGACUGAUUCAGUUCGCCGGGUUAACAAAUGCUGAAACUGGACUUAGAAAUUACGUUUCUAAGUCCUUGCUAAAUUUACGGUGCACAAAACAAUUGUGCAUUUUGUUUAUUUCAUACAUUUAUUUAUAGAUUUUCUGGAGAUAUGACAAAAUCUGGUUGGUCAAAAACAUACAGCAGUGUUGAUAUUUGGUUAAACAUCUCUUGGCCAUUUUCACCUCAACUAGGCACUACCGGUAGUGGUCUGCACAUUUCUGGUUCUUCUUUGACCACUACUCUUGACAGAAUUGGUGCAGUUUAGCUAAAUUAGUUGUCUUUCUGACACAGACUUGUUUCUUCAUCACAGUUCACAGGUUGGUGAUGAGAUUUAUGUGAGGACUUUGGGGAGACCAGUCUAAAACCUUCAUUCUUGCUGAUUUUGCUUUUUUUAAAAAUGUGUGUUGGGUCCUUCUUCGUGAUUCCAUUUGCUUUGUGUAAAGCAUCAGUUCCACUGGCAGCAGAACAGCCCCAGAGCAGAAUACUAUCAUCAUGUUUGAUGGUAGGUUUGGGGUUCAGGGCCUUCGCCUUCUCUUCUCCAAACCUAUUUCUGGUUAUUGUGGUCAAGAAGCUCAGUUUUUGUUCCAUCUGACCACAGAACUUUCCUCCAGAAGGCCUUUGUCCAUGUGAUCAGCAGCAGACUGUUGUCCAGCCUGAAGGUUCUGCUUUCUGUCUGAUCAUGGCAGUGACACAGCUGUACCACACACUUUAUACCCACAAAAAAUUGUUUGUUUGACGAUUUUGGGAUCUGUACCUGCUUGAAAGUGGCUCGAAGUGACUUUCUUGACCUGUUGAAAUCAAUUAAUUGCUUUUUCAGAUCUUUGUUCAGCUCCUCCUACUUUCCUGCUGUAAUGUUUUUGGCUGAGUCUGAUGAGACUACCAUUAUAUACAUGGUCUUUACGAGUGCAUGGAAACUCUUGUUCACACCUGUAUAUCCAGUUGGGGUGCGGUUCUAACUACACUGAAGCUUCUACAAGCUUGUGCAGAGUGCUGGACAGAAGGCUAAAAUGAAGGUACUAUAUGUUUACUUGUGUGAAAAUCUGAAUUUGGUCAAGGCGCAUGAACCCUAGGAGGAGGCACGAGAAAGUAGCAACCCUUACUGCUAAUCUAUAGACCUAAACACCAGUCACUCAAGUACCUACACGCUACAAAAUGUACUGUGUUAAAGCCAUACGAUCUCCUAAACUCCACACUGAUCUCAGAUUUAGAUUUUUUAAAUUAAAUGUUUAUUUUGAGACAAAAACUCAUUAAAUGUAAGUCAGCGCUUCGUUCUCUGUUUUAUUAGCCAUACACAAAGUGGCGUCAGCCCAAACCUGAGAUGGUUGUUGCUUGAUCUCAAUUAUAAGUCAUCAAAUGUUCAUCAUUUCUGCUCAUGAAUGUUCUUUGUGCUUUAUGUGUUUUUACAUAUUGAGAUAAAAAGUAUGGAAGACCCAUGUAAGCUGUGGAAUAACAAUUCCUGAAAACCUUACCACUUUAAAUGGAUCGCGUUACACUGAUACUAUAACUUCCUCAAGACCAUGGUUCUGUCAUUGUUGCUUGUGGUAGCAGGUGCCUGUUUAGAAAUUUUAAGUGUUAAUACUAAUGCCAGCAGCACACUUUAAUAUUUUCUUUGUAUACAGUUUCAUUCUGCCUUAAUAUCAUUUUCUGUGCCAUGAUACUGCUUGUUUUGAACUUUACAGGGAAUGUAGGCCACAGUCUUCCUCCACCAGUGUUUUUAUCUAUUUGUAUUUUCUUGUAAUAAAAUUGAUUUAAAUGUAUGAAAAUGAAAAGGAAAAAAAAUUAAUUUGGUUUUAUGCACAAUAGCAUGUUUUCCAUUCAACACUCCUGUUGUAUGUAACCUAAUUUGCCUUGUUUUAAGCAUGUGCUGCUUAUCCAGUUAUUCAAAAAGAUGUGAAUUUGGAGUUGCUUCCCUCUGUCACAUCCUAUAGGGUGUGGAAGCCUGUGGCUGACAAUAUGGAAAUUUAGUCAUCUGAAAUGUCUGUUUGUGUACUCAUGAUGUAUGACAAAAUUUGGGUGCAUUUUGGAAAUUUUUAAAAUUCAUUUUCAUAAAAAGGCCUAAUAAAAACAUUUUCUAAUCUCACAUUUUAUUAUAUUACAAUAAAUUAAAUAUAUUAGAAAUUUAAAUUGUUACUACAGCAAAAUACAUAAGUACAGACACUUUAACCUUCAGGAAAUUGUGAUGGACACAUGAAGAUGAAUUUUGGGGGUGGGGAUGGGAUGGGAUGUGAAGCUUCAUUUUAAGGUUAGAGAGCAUAUUGUCUGCUUUUUCUUAAAGGGAUUUUUACUUUGGAAUGUAUUGUUAUCUCAGUGUCUGCAUAUACGGAAAAUUAUUUCUAACUGUAAUUUUCAUUUCAAUUGUGUCAGCACUGCUGUGUUUCAAACUUUACAAUAUUUAAUUUUAAUGUUAAGAGCUAUAGACGUCCAUGGAGAGACUGUUUGUCAUUUGCUUUUGUGUAUUGCACCGAAUCUUUAUUAACAAUCCUAAGAAUAGCCACUAUUUCUAUAGCUCUUUGUUGCUUUUUAGGUAUUGCUUGCAUUUUUGGGGCUUUUAUUGCAGUGAUAUUAACACUAAACAUCCCUUGUAAGGAAAGAUAUUUUUAUAUGAGCAGCCAUGUGCUGGAUUACUGUAGGAAGGACCUUACUGAUACACAUGGCGUAAUUUUUACUAGGAUGAAGAGAAAGAGGGAAGCAUCUGCUGAGACCUAUUACUGUACAUGUAAUUUAUCACCACUGAAGCCAAUACUAUACUGAGGUUGAAUAUUCCAAAUGGGUAAUUAAAGCGGUUGCUCUUUUAUGAAA